CUGCUCCUGGACAGUCCAUUCCCUUUUUUUUUUCUCCCUCGGCCCGGGGAGGAGCGGGACAACUCCGAGCUCGAGGGAGCGAGCCCGACCCUGGGCGCGGGUGUAAAUCAGUCACCUGAGCGCCGAGGGGCCUUGGCGAGAGUGCACUAGCGUGGGCGGGUGGGUUGUGGCGCGGGCAGCGAGCACGGCCCGGACAGGCAGGGAGGGAGCAGUCUUAGUGGAGAGCUGAGGCGGCCCAGGGGCGCGGCCGCUAAGAGGAGACCAAGAGGUAGGGGCUGCACUUGAGGACCAGCGUGCUGAGAUGUGUCCAAGAGAGGGCUGGAGAAAUGGCUCAGCGGUUAAGAGCACUGACUGCUCUUCCAGAGGUCCUGAGUUCAAUUCCCAACAACCACAUUGUGGCUCACAACCAUCUGUAAUAGGAAUCUUGAUGCCCUCUUCUGAACUCAACAAAAAUCCAGUGGAAGGCUUUUUAGCAGGUUUAAUAGACGACAAUGAUCUCUAUUGUUGGGAAGUCCUUAUUAUUGGUCCUCCAGAUACACUUUAUGAAGGUGGUGUUUUUAAGGCUUAUCUCAUUUUCCCAAAAGAUUAUCCCCUCUGGCCUUCUAAAAUGAAAUUCAUUACAGAUAUUUGGCCCCCAAAUGGCAAGCUUCCUCUGAUUUGGAACAAAAUAAAAACAGGCUGGUCUUCCCUUGUACCUGACACAGGCAAAUUGAGCUGGCCCAGACAGCAGAGCUCUGUAAGGCAUGUUGAUAUUGAUUGCUUCUUUGUCUCAGGGGCUAUAAGAAAUAUAACAGAUCUCAAAGGAAAAACAGUGGCUCUGUCAGCAACCAUGGCACAGGAAGGUCACCUUUUCAUCGUGGUGCUAACAUCCAACUGGGGUGGCAGUAUUACCAAAAUAAAAUCCUGAAAGAAGAAGCAGAUCAUGCUGACCCAGAAAGUGGAGAUCUGAUUGCUGAGAUUAAAGGCUUGAGCCACCAUGAUUAUCUGUAAUAAAGUGAGGUGUUAGAGCCUGUGGCCUAGUGAAGUGAACAUCGGGGCUGGGCGAGUAUGGACUCAGAGAUGACCAACUCUGUGUGUGUGCUACACUCAGUUCUCUCCUUCCAGCCAGGGAUGAGUCUUAGGCUCACAGAUUUGUGAAUAUGAGCUUGCUUUGUUGCGUCCAACAUAACAUGUUUUCUGAUUAGUUUUUUCCUGCAUGCUUGCUUCCUUGGUGUGGUUUCGCUUUCUAUCUGUGCUGGAUUCCUAACCUGCACUGGGGAAUCAGAAGCAAGGUCAGAGUCAAAGUCUUUUUGAUAAAGAACCAGGAAUACAUACCAGCACAUCUGGGCUGACUGUCCUUCUUCCCAAGGGAUGGAUCAAUCUCAGAGAAGAUGGUCCUUCCUCUUGAUCUACAGGUAGUACCCUAAAUAUGGUGCAGCCCAUUUUCCUUCUUGCACUGUACACUUAAUAAAAUUAAGUAAAUUAAAGAAUGAACUUUCCAGUUAUAUAUUUGUUCAAGCUAGUUAAAUUCAACCUCAAUACCUAUACCUGCCACACACACCUAACUACAUCUCCCAUGUAUGUGUGAGGGGUGUUGCCAUGUCUGUUGGUCUGCAAACUAUUUGAGAAAGCUUGGUGGCCACAGAGGCUAUGAGAAGGGUGUCAGUUGGCCUGGGAAUAGAAGAGCAGCCAGUGCUCUUAAAUUCUGAGCUAUGUCUUUCCAGUGGACAGUUUUCAGCAUGAAAUCAGUCAUAAUUUUAGUGUGAAUAUAUUACAACUCAUUGUCCUUUAAUAUAUGUAAGAAUAACUAGUUUUGAUGAUGGUUCACUUUUCUUAACCUUGAUAGUCAAACUAGGACAGACUUGCACACUACCUAACUAUUGGGGAGAUAAUUGAUGUGGAGAAAAGGAACUUGUCUAGUCAGUAAAGUGUUGCUGUUUUUUUGGGGGGGUUAAUAAUAGAAAUUGUAUUUUGUCUAUAUAUUUUAUUACAAGUUCUUGUUUUGAUUCUCAUUUUAUUUCAAGGGUACUCUCUAGAUCAGUAGAGCCUCCUUACAAGUCACCACAUGUAAAUUGGAUUUACAUCCCUAUCAUCUAGAGGAUAGCAAGCACAGAGAACAGCAAAGACAAAAAAGAAAGGACAAAGAAC